CUGUUCGGCUCGCAGGUGCAGCGGUCCUCGACGAGGAAAAACACAAUUUUUAUCGAAAUUCUUUCAUCGUUCCAUCGCCCAGCCACUUGGGAAACAGUCGACUAGACAAAAUGCUUCGCCUGCCAGUUACACGGGCCCUUGCCCUCGGGGCACGGUACCCGGUGCAGACGAUUGUGCGUACAUCGGCCACUACACCGGCAAAGCUGCCGGAAAAGAUCGAAGUGUUCGUCGACGACCAGUCCGUGAUGGUGGACCCGGGCACCACCGUUCUGCAGGCUGCGGCCCAAGUUGGUGUUGAAAUUCCCCGCUUUUGCUACCACGAACGUCUGGCCGUUGCCGGAAACUGUCGCAUGUGUCUGGUGGAGGUGGAAAAGUCGCCCAAACCGGUGGCCGCCUGUGCCAUGCCGGUGAUGAAGGGUUGGCGCAUCAAGACAAACUCGGAGAUGACGCGCAAGGCACGCGAAGGCGUCAUGGAGUUCCUGCUGAUGAACCAUCCGCUCGAUUGUCCCAUCUGCGACCAGGGCGGCGAGUGUGACCUGCAAGAUCAGGCGAUGGCGUUCGGUUCCGACCGUUCGCGCUUCACCGACAUCAACCACACCGGCAAGCGUGCGGUCGAGGAUAAGGAUAUCGGGCCACUGAUCAAAACCAUCAUGACGCGCUGCAUCCACUGCACGCGUUGCAUUCGCUUCGCUUCGGAGGUGGCCGGCGUGGACGAUCUCGGCACGACGGGCCGCGGUAACGAUAUGCAGAUUGGGACGUACGUGGAGAAGUUCUUCUUGUCCGAGCUGUCCGGCAACGUGAUUGACCUGUGCCCGGUCGGCGCACUCACCAACAAGCCGUACAGCUUCGUCGCGCGUCCCUGGGAGAUCCGGAAGAUCGAAUCGAUCGACGUGCUGGACGCGCUCGGCAGUAACAUCGUCGUGAGCACGCGCACCGGCGAGGUGCUGCGCAUACUGCCUCGCGAAAACGACGCUAUUAACGAGGAAUGGCUGUCGGACAAGUCGCGCUUCGCCUGCGACGGGCUGAAGCGUCAGCGAUUGAUUGCACCGAUGCUGCGCAACCCGAGCGGCGAUUUGGAGGCGGUCGAAUGGGAGUCUGCCCUAAUUACGAUCGCGCAGGCACUGCGUGGUGCUCCAAAGGGAAAGGUGGCCGCAGUCGCGGGCGGCCUUGCCGACGCGGAGGCACUCGUCGCGCUGAAGGAUCUGCUGAAUCGUCUCGGCUCCGAGACGCUCUGCACCGAGCAAAAGUUCCCGACGGACGGCUCCGGAACGGACUUCCGCUCGAGCUACCUUCUCAACUCAUCCAUUGCCGCCUGCGAGGAGGCCGACCUGGUGCUGCUCGUCGGCACAAAUCCACGUUACGAAGCGCCCCUCCUCAACACACGCCUACGCAAGGGCUACAUCCACAACGAGCAAAACAUUGCGCUCAUCGGUCCAAAAGUGGACCUUUCCUACGACUAUGAGCAUUUGGGAAGCGACACCUCGUUGAUUCGGGAGAUUGCAAACGGAAACCAUCCAUUCGCCAAGAAGCUGAAGGAAGCCAAAAAGCCGCUCAUCAUCGUCGGCGCUAACCAACUCGCUCGAAAGGACGGCUCGUCGUUCCUGACCGCCCUGCAUGUGUUUGCCAACUCCCUGUCGCCGGCGGAUAAAAAUUGGAAGGUAUGGAAUGUGCUGCAAACGAACGCCGCCCAAACGGCUGCAUUGGACGUGGGAUACACGCCGGGCAUGGAUGCCGUGAUUGAGCUACAGCCAAAGGUGCUGUUCUUGCUCGGAGCCGACGGCGGUGUGGUCGACAAGGAAAAACUCCCCAAGGAUUGUUUCAUCGUAUACCAGGGCCAUCACGGCGAUGUCGGAGCGCAGCAGGCUCACGCUAUCCUACCCGGUGCUGCGUACACCGAGAAACAGGGCACCUACGUAAACACAGAGGGCCGAGCCCAGCAGACGCUGGUGGCCGUCACGCCGCCGGGCCUGGCGCGUGAAGACUGGAAAAUUCUGCGCGCUCUGUCCGAGGUGGCCGGCACGCCGCUUCCGUACGACAACCUGGACGAGCUGCGGGCUCGCUUGGAGGACGUCGCACCGCAUUUGGUGCGCUACGGGCGACUGGAGGCGGCCAACUUCUUCAGCAUCGCCGAUGCGUUGCUGAAGAAUGCGUCAGUGAGCUUCGACGGCAGCAAGGUGGACGUCGGCCAGAAGAAGUUGUCCGACUUCUUUAUGACCGAUCCGAUUACGCGCGCCUCCCCGACCAUGGCCAAGUGUGUUACGGCGGCGAAGAAGCAAGCAACCCAGGCGGCGCAUUAGUCGGUGUCUGGUCGCCCGUUCGGUUUUGUUGUUUUUUUUGCUCCUUCCACGACACACGUUGAAGGUGAUUUUGGUAAUCGGAAAUCCUGCGGUACGAACCACGUGAGCAAAAAGAUAGAGGAUAUUUCAGCGUAGUUUAUCGAUUACCGAUAUUGCAAACCAUUGUAUUGACCGAAAUGGAUUCUUGUACAAUAGUAAACGCCCGUUGCUAAUCUACAUUUCAAUAAAAGCUCUAAAGAGCAGACACUCUA